AUUGAACCUGAAUGUUUUUAUUGUACUCCGUAUAUCUCAAAUUAUUUAAAAUAUAUCUUCUAAUUUGAGCUAAACUAAAUUGAAGGGAUCAAUAAACAAUACAGCAUACACAUUUUUUAAUGGAAAUGUGAUUAGAUAUUUUUCUGUCUCGUUUUGUCGCAAAUUCGGCAAUGUUCGUUAGUCAAGACGUGACCUCGGAAAUAUAGGGACGAAAAAUGGACAACAAUGCAUCCUCAAAUGAUGAUGAAGAGCCCAAAAUUUGCACCGUUUUUGCCUCAUCAGCAACUUCCGGUUCCACCAAAACCGUUUUCGACACGAUUGCAUUCUCAAUCCCAAAGAAAGAGACUUUGUCAACUUCUGCAUCAGCCACGAAUGUCUCGGAGGAAACGUCUCACCAGGAUGGGUCAGAAACGUCCACAUCCGGUCUUUUUAUGGCUGCACCACCAGCAGUACCACAGCAAGAAUCCACAACUGAACGGUCGCCUGACAUCUUUCCUGGUGCUGAGGACCCUACGACACGUCCUGUAAUUGUGCCCGCUUUUUCUUCAGACAAUGUUGAAACAAAACAAGUUUCACAGGCAGGACCUGAAGGAGCACAAGUUGUCGAUAUCUUUGAAGAAGCUGCAGCUAUUGAUCAAGCUCCUCAAGAACUUAAACAGAAAGAAAAUAUAGUGGACAGAAUGACUAGUCUUGUUAUCCAAGAGGGAAGCCCUCAAGUCCAAGUUGGUCAGGGUGAUGAGGUUGAUCCCGAGUCUCCUAUUCCUACGGCGAACAAACUAUUUGCCGACACACCUGAAGUUCCAUUUCCGAUUGGACAAUUUACCCAGUCUGAUUCUGAUCCGUCAACUUUUUUUAAUCAACUGUCAACACCACUCCCCCCACCACCAUCAUCGGUCCACCAACCACCAACUGCAUUUAAGAAUCAUCCAUUUUCCACCCCUGCGGUACCAACGCAAGAUGCAAUAUCAGACGCCAGCAUUCAAAAGCAAGAAGUAGAAGAACCCCAGCCUGCUCAGCAAACUCAACAAUCGAUAUUUUCAUCCCCACGAAAACAAGAACCACUUGUUCAGGGUUCUGUUGAGCCGUCCACAUAUAAUUCUACUAAUUACACCCCUAUUGACACCAUGCAUGAUGCCUGGAUUCCAAAGGAGGAGACUAAAAAAAUAUUAAUGGCCCUUGCUACUGCAGAACGGCCAGCGAGGUCCUAUCUUCCAGACAAGUCGCACAUGACUACCCCAGGAAUCAUUUAUGAAGACGAUUUGAUUGACAAAGUCGGGGUGAAUAUGGCUCGCAUUUUUGGUGAGGGGGAAGCAAGCAAAAGAAGAAUUUUAACGGCGGACAGCGUCACUCAGGAUGACAAUGGACUAAGAGAGCUUAUCAAGUUGGGGUGCUAUCGUUCUGCUAUAAAUCUAACUAAACGGUUGUUAACAUUGUAUGGUCAAGGACUAGGAAAAGUUGGCCAAUUUAGUAAACAUAAUCCACACACGCUUCAGUUGUGGUUCACAAGAAUUUCCUUGCUGAUCCGCAUACGAGAGUUUACAAUUGCAGAAUCUGAAAUUGACGCUUUUAAGGAUUUUGAUAACCCAGACUUGUACUAUGAAUAUUAUCCAGAUUUAUUUGGUAAAGAUAGGAAAGGAUCAAUGGUCCCGUUCAAUUUUCGAGUCUUAUCAGCUGAAAUUCUGCAGUAUUCAAAGAAACAUAAUGAAACGAUUGACAGAUUGACUCGAAUUUUGCACACCGUGCAAGAGGUGAAUCGCAAUUUAGAAAAUGGAUCCACUGAGGAUGGAAGUGCUAUGUACGACAAUGAGGACAACAAAGUUCAGUCCUUGGACUUGUGGCGCACGAGGGAAAUUCGUGUCUACUAUUCAUUAGCAAAUGCGUCCUUGUUUUCAAAAGAUUACUAUAAUGCCUUGAAGUAUUUAACCAUUUUAUGCGAAAAGGAUAAAGCCAAAGAAGCUCAACUAAAGUCAGCCAUUGGUCGUUUUUUCCUCCAACUCGGAGACUUGACAACUGCAAGCACGUAUUUUCAAGCAGCUGCAGAUCUCAGGCAAGGCGAUUCUGAUUCUGAACAGGCUGAGAAUCUUAUAGAUUCUGCUAUGAUAACGAUUGCCCAUGGCUCUUAUCCUGAAGCCUUUGCGUUACUACAACAAGCAUUGCCAAUUCAACCGGAUAAUUUCAUGAUUACGAAUAAUAUGGCCGUCUGUCUAUUAUAUAUGGGGAAAGUCAAAGAAUCGCUAGCACUGAUGGAAACCACUGUCAAAAAUAACACUCCACAACUGCUCCAAGAAAAUGUACUGCUCAACCUUAGCACGAUUUAUGAACUCGAAAACACAGAUGGUCAUAAAAAGAAUGCUUUAUUAAAGUUGAUUAGCGAGUAUAAAGGGGAUGGAAUCAAUUUGGCUUCACUAAAAAUGCCCAAUUUGAUUUAAAUCGACCAUUUGAAUAAAAUGUACAAAUGUAUAACUA